AUGAGCGGCGGCGGCGGCGGCGUGGGGGCGUCGGGGGCGCAGCGGCAGCGGGUGGCCGUGCGGGGCCCGGGGCCGUGGGGCUUCCGCCUGGUGGGCGGCAAGGACUUCGAGCAGCCGCUCACCAUCUCGCGGGUGACUCCAGGUAGCAAAGCUGCAGAGGCCAAUCUGUGCAUUGGAGAUGUCAUCAUGUCCAUUGAUGGGGAGGACACGGAGGGCAUGACUCACCUGGAGGCCCAGAACAAGAUCAAGGGCUGCGUGGACGAGAUGGUUCUGACAGUGGGCAGAACUCAGUCAAAAAUCUGGUCUCCCUUGGUUACUGAAGAAGGGAAAACCAAUCCAUACAAGAUGAACUUGGCUUCCCAGCAACAACAGCCUGUGCCCUUUCAGCGUGCAUUCAGUGUGGGGUACCAGCCGCUAAAACCCUCGCUCAGUCUGUUGUGCCCCCCUGGCGGAUUCCAGGCCCCCUUUGCAAGGGUCUAUGCCCCUCUGCAGCCCUCCGCCUCCCCCCUCCAGAGGCGGCACAGCACCUCAUCCAUCCCGAACCCAGCCAGGGUGAGCGUAGAGCAGCUCAAGGAAGUGGCCCAGAUCUGCCCCAACAGCCCUGUGGAGGUGGACAUUCCCGGAAUCCAAGUGCGGCAUGUGCAGUUUAACUCUCCUUUGCAGCUCUAUUCACAGAGGAACAUCCUGGACACUUUGCAGGGGCAGAUCUCUUCUGUUAGUCCCACUCUCCCCAGUUUGGACCAACUGCACCAGCCUUCUAGUAAUUUAGUAAUUGACAAGGACUCAGAGGUUUACAAGAUGCUGCAGGAGAAUCAAGAAUCCAAUGAGCCCCCCCGCCAAUCCACCUCAUUCCUUGUUUUACAAGAAAUUUUAGAAACUGGAGAAAAAGGAGAUCCUGACAAGCCUUCUGGAUUUAGAAGUGUCAGAGCUCCAACUACCAAAGUAGCAGCAUCCAUCGGAAAUGCUCAGAAGCUGCCCAUUUGUGAUAAGUGCGGCUCUGGCAUCGUAGGUGUUUUUGUAAAGCUCCGGGACAAAAACCGCCACCCCGAAUGCUACGUAUGCAGCGACUGUGGAACCAACCUCAAGCAGAAAGGGCACUUCUUUGUGGAGGACCGCAUCUACUGUGAGAAACAUGCUCGGGAACGGGCCACACCACCUGAGGGUUAUGACGUGGUCACUGUAUUUCCACAGUGAAACGGGUGGUUCACCACUGACAUAUGCCAAAGCGCCACUGUCUCCCACCUCCAAAUUCUUCAAGCCACACAAAUAUUCAGCAAGGCUUCUGCAGUGGACCUUUUUGGUGGCUGCUGCCAGACUACUGUGAUAGCACAACACACACAUUUUUAAGAUAAACAUGAUAGACCUUACCAAAUUGCCUUUUUUUUAUACCACUGCUUCUCACUGUCAGUUGUUGAAUACUGUCAGUCCACAAAGCCAAACUAACACCCAACUUCCCUUUCUGGUUCAAUAAAGUGGUUGAUUCAAA